AUGGCAAAAUUUCUUUCACGUAUAUUUCGAAGUGGUUCAACAUCGAAAAGUUCAUCGUUUCAUACUUCUCAACCAUCACUUCAGGACAAUCAAAAUCGAACACCAAAUAACGUUCGUACUAGUGCAUCGCUUGAAAAUCUUGCUUCAUAUCAUAUUAUUCCUAAAGAACUUGAAAAAAAUAAAUUACAUAAAGCAUCAUGGGAAGGAAAUAUUGAUAAAGUUACAAAACUUGCACGAUCAGGACAAGUUAAUAUUAAAGAUUCACAGGAACGGACUCCAUUACAUUUAGCUGUUGUCAGAGGACAUCUAGAGAUAGUAAAAUAUCUUAUUGCACACCGUGCAAAACUUGAUGCUGUUGAUAAUGAUCAACGGACACCAUUAAUUAAAGCUGUUCUGAGUGGUAAUCAAAAUCCACAACUUAAUUAUCAAAUCUGUCAAGCUUUGCUCAAUGGUGGUGCUGAUGAUUAUAUCAAUGAAGUUGAUAAACAUGGAAGAAAUGCAUUACAUUAUGCAAUUGAUUUUGGAAAUGAAAAUCUCGUUAAUCUCUUACUUUCAAGCAACAAAUGUGAUCCAAAUUUUAAAGAUCGUGAUCAAAUGACACCAUUACAUUUAGCAAUAAAACGAAAUAGUCCACAUAUUGUUCAAUUACUUGUAUCGGAUGAACGUGAACAACAAGCUGACCCGAAUAUUGUUAAUCGUUAUGGACAAACUCCAUUACAUACAGCAGCUAGUGUUGGUUAUGUUGAUAUUGUUCGUCUACUAUUGCUUUCGAGUGUUGAUGAACAAUGUGAUCCAUCUAUACUUGAUUC